AUGGAUAUCGACGAAAUUGAAAAAGACAUUUCCAACAAAAUUACAACUGAAGCUGAUCUUUUAAACAUUUCAAUGGUUUGUGGAAUUGAUGAAGACAAUGCUGCAUUUGAAAAAAGCAUCGAUGAAGCUUCAAAUGAUGGUGAAGAAAAGUCUGAUGAAGAAGAAACUAUAGAAAAUGAGUCGCUUGUGAUUCAACCUUACAUUCGUAUGAAUAGAAGAAAUUGCAGACGCUCCCCUCCAGUUGUUAAUAAUGAAAAUGUUAAAAAGCCAAAAUUGAUUAACCUACCCCCUAAUAAUGAUGAAGCCUCUUCAUCCAAAACUCUUCCAAAUCUUAAAACUUUAUCUUCGUUUUCAAACUUUAUGCAAUUCCCUAAAAUGGCAGAGAAACUUACACGAUCAGAUUUGGAGGAAAUCGUUUUGCAAAAAGUUUGCCAAGCGUUAGUGCUGAAUAGCCCACGAGCUGAGCUCUUUCAGAGUAUACAAAAAAAAGACCAAAAUCUUGAACUCUUACAAAAACAAGUAGAAGAACUGCAGAUACAAUGUUCAAAUUUGACUAUCAUCAGCCAAAAACUUGAGGCUGAACUGCAAACUCAAAAAAGAAACAAUGGUAUCGGGCAACCUUUGGUACCUCUAAAAAUAACACGUAAUGUGGGGCUUCAAGCAAUGCUACACCAAGAAGAAGCGCCAAAAAUGCGACAACAGUUGAUGACUCCUGGUCCAGAUAUUGUCAAGAAGAAAAUGCCAGCUCCUAUUUGCAUCGACUUGACGGAUAAUGAUGAGGAUAUGAGGCAGAUGCCUGUGUCAACUACAACUGUCUCGUCAAUAAUCUCAAACGCUGAAUUUCGUGCACGAAAACCGACAAUAGCACCAACUCAACCAUUAAAAUUUCCCUUGCCCAAGCCAAUUAUCACAUUAAGAAAACUCGACAUGGGCGUAGUAUUGCAAUGGGAAAUGCCCUACAAAUUAGACUCGUUCGAAACUAUUGGAAGCUAUCAAAUUUGGGCUUGUCAAGCGCCAAAUCCUUUGCCUUGGAGGAUGUGGAAAAAAGUAAGCGUUGUCCAGUCUCUACCAUUACCAAUGGCUUGCAAUCUGUCACAAUUUCAAACCGAAAAGAAGUUUUACUUUGCCGUUUGUGCUGUAGAUGUGCACCAACGUUCAGGUGAGUUGAGUGACGCAAAAGAAAUUUAUUUGUAA